AUGGACAAAAAAUCAUCAACAAUUUUUACAUCAGAUGAAUCUUCAAGCACAAGAUUGCGUAGAUCACGUAAUGCUCAAACGUUCCAAAGCUAUCACUUAGUCUGGCUAUAUGAAAGUAUUGAUGAUCUUAGCAACGAUAUUUAUAGCAAUGCUAUUAUAAAACUGCAUGGAGUUGUCAAUACUAUCAAUACAUUCACUGAUGUCGAUGAAUGUAUCAAUUUUAUCACCGACGACGAAGAAAAGAAAAUAGUUAUGAUAAUUCCUGGGUCAUUAUGUCAAACUAUUGUUCCUAUUGUUCAAGAUAUUUCUCAAGUACAUUGUGUUUAUAUUUAUUCUGAAGAUAAAGAAAAAUAUGAAAAGUGUAUCGAAGGGUGGUACAAAGUGCAGUUGGUUUUCACCGAUAUUAUAAAAUUUUGUGAAACAUUGAAGCAAACUGCUCAAGAUUGUAUCCAGGAUUUGGUAUCUAUCAGUUUUAUUGAAAAGGACGAAAUUUUGAAUUCAGAUCUCGAUACAUUGGACUCAUCUUUUAUGUAUUCAAAAAUAUUGAAGGAAAUUCUACUUACGAUAGAUUUCAAGCAAGAACACAUCGAUGAAUUUCUUACGUUUUACCGCGAACGACCUGUUUGUGAUCCCGAUGAACUUAUGACCAUCAAAGAACUAUCUGAAAAAUAUCAUCAAUACCGACCUAUUUUGUGGUAUACGAAGAGCGGCACUCUUUGUUCUAUGAUCAACAGAGGAUUACGUGAAAUGCAAGUCGAUUUCAUUAUUAAGUCGGGAUUUUUUGUUCGCGAUUUACACAAUGAUAUCGUCGCAUUGCAUUCACAACAGUACACGGUAGAACAGGGUUCUAAUUCAUUGACUGUAUAUCGGGGUCAAGCUUUAUCUCAGAAAGAUUUUGACAAAUUGAAUAACACACAAGGUGGAUUAAUAUCCUUUAAUAAUUUCUUGUCAACAAGUCUCGAUAAAGUUGUAGCUACUGGAUUCGCUGAAAGUGCUAAAAAUGACACUUAUCAAUUAUCUGUUGUCUUUAAGAUAAUUAUCGAUCCAUCAAAAUCUUCGUCUCCAUUCGCUAAUGUUACGGAAAUUAGUCCUUAUGGUGAGAGAGAGAUUCUCUUCUCUAUACAUUCCGUCUUUCGCAUAGGGCAAAUCAAACAAAUUGAAGGCUACGAAUGUUUAUGGGAGGUGGAUUUAACAUCGACAUGUGAUACUGAUCCACAAUUACAUGCUUUAACAAAACGUAUACAAGAAGAAACAGCUUCAGAGUAUAGUGGUUGGUAUCGACUUGGUCAAUUAAUGGUGCAAUUAGGGCAGUUUGAUAAAGCAAAUGAAUUAUAUGAAAAAUUAUUGACGCAAACAACUGAUUCAAGUGAGCAAGGUCAUUUAUAUUAUCAACUUGGAUCAGUUAAGAUGCAUCAAGGUGAAUAUGCAAAAGCAAUGAAAUUUUACGAAGAUACACUUGAAGUUCAUUAUAAUGUAGUUCCAUUAUAUAAUAAUGAAGUAGCUGGUUCUUAUAACAGCAUCGGUUUGGCAUAUGACAAUUUAAAUGAACCUACAAAAGCACUUUCAUACUAUGAAAAAGCAGAGAAAAUUGCUCGAGAAACUCUUCCGGAAGAUGAUCCUCGAUUAUAUUCUUUUAACAAUAACAUUGGUUCAGUAUAUAGCAAGAUGGGUGAAUAUCGAAAAGCUCUUUCGUAUUAUGAAAAAGCACAUGAAUUUCUUCAAAAAACUCUUCCUGCAAAUCAUAUUAAUUUUGCUACUUUUUACAAUAACACUGGUUGGAUUUAUAACAGGAUGGGUGAAUACACGAACGCACUUACACAGUACGAAAAAGCACAUGAAAUUCUACGAAAAACUCUUCCAUCAAAUCAUCUUCAAUUAGCUGUUUCUUACAAUAGCUUAGGUUCGAUAUAUGAUGAAAUGUGCAAGUAUCCCAAGGCACUUGAAUAUUAUAAAAAGGUACUUGAAAUUGUCGAAAUAACUCUUCCGAAUCAUCCUCUGUUGCCUGUUACUUAUAAUAACAUUGGUGUAGCAUAUAAAAAUAUGGGUGAACUAUCUCAAUCACUUUUAUAUCUUGAAAAAGCGUUCGAAAUUCGACAAAAAACUCUUCCUGCAAAUCAUUCUGACCUAGCUAGUUCUUACAAUAACAUCGGUGCAGUAUAUCAAAAUAUGAACAAGUACUCUGAAUCGCUGACAUAUCUUGAAAAAGCACUCGAAAUUCGUCAAGCUGUUCUUCCAGCGAAUCAUCCUAGCUUAGCAUCAACGUACAACAGCAUUGGCAAUGCAUAUUAUUUCACAAAUGAAUAUUCAAAAGCACUUUCAUAUUAUGAACGUGCUUUAAAUAUUUAUCAACAUUCAUCUUCUCCUAAUCAUCCUGCCAUUGAAAAAAUAAAAGGAAGUAUUGCAGCUGUAAAAAACAAAUUGUAA